AUGUGGUUGAGAUGCCUGGGCACAGCUGAAGCACAGGAUAUUGUUAAAGAGGUACACGCUGAGGCAGUGCCGUUACGUGAAGUUACAGCUCAGCACGUUCUUCAGUUUUUCAAGAGCCAGAUUGUCUACCGCUUUGGUGUUCCGCGCAGAGUGAUUUCCGACAACGGGUCAGCGUUUAAAAGUACUAAGAUCAACAGCUUCGUCAGACGACAUGGGAUAGAUUGGAGAUACUCCACGAUUUAUUACCUCAAAACAAAUGGAUUGGCCGAGGCUUUCAAUAAGACACUCGUGCAGAUUUUGAAGAAGACGUUGGACGAGAACAAAAGAGGUUGGCAUGAGAAGUUGUUAGAAGCUUUGUGGGCCUACCGGACGACAUUCAGAACUCCUACCCAGUGUACACCGUAUGCGCUCGUCUAUGGGUCCGAGGCC